AUGGGGAACAUGUUCUCAGUCUCCAUACCUUGCGAUCACACGGCUAACUUCUGCUGCUGGGGUUUCCUUAGUCAACAAGCAAACUACAUCGGCAAGCUCGGAGUAAACCUUGAAGCUCUGGAUCGAUCAUCGCAAGAACUGAUCGCUUUAAAGAAUGAUCUCGUGAGAAGGGUUGAGGUUUCCGAGCUUCAGACAUCCAUGAUGCGCUUGGACCAGGUACAACUGUGGAUUAAAAAGGCGGAAACUCUUGAGACACGAGUCAGAGAAGUUAAAAAUUGUGCAGAUCGAGAAAUUCAGAAAUCAUGUAGCGGAGUUUACUGCUCCAAGAACUACUUUCCCAGCUACAAGUACGGAAAAAAAGUGUUUAAAAUGUUGGUGGAAGUGGAUGCCUUGAAAAGCAAGGGAAGCUUUGAAGAGGUGGUAACAGAAAGCUUACCGGUAGGUGUAGUCUAUGAAAUGCCUACUGAACCAACAGUGGGGAUGGAGUCGAUGUUUGAACAGGUCUGGAGACAUGUUGAAGAUGAACAGGUGGGAACAAUCGGGUUAUAUGGAAUGGGAGGGGUGGGCAAGACCACCCUCCUUACCAAAAUCCAUAACGAUUUGGCCUUUAGUACUUCUUACCAUUUUGAUCUUGUGCUUUGGAUCGUGGUCUCAAAAGACCACAAACUUGAAAUCCUCCAAGAUAAGAUUGGUGAAAAGCUUGGGAUUGUUAAUGACAAAUGGAAGCACAAAGAGCCGCAUGAAAAAGCUCAACACAUCUUCAAGUUCUUGAGUGAGAAGAUAUUUGUGCUAUUGUUGGAUGAUUUAUGGGAGCCGAUUGAAAUGAUUAAAGUUGGGAUUCCUAAUCCAGCGAUUCCUGAUACAGCUGACAAUAAGAAGUCGAAGAAGUCGAAGAUAAUAUUCACGACUCGCUUGGAGCAUAUAUGUAGUUGUAUGGAUGCUCAAAUAAAGAUUAAAGUCAGGUGUCUAAUGCCGAACCAAGCAUGGACCUUGUUUCAGGAGAAGGUGGGCAAAGAAACUCUUCAAAGUCAUCCAGAUAUCCCCGCACUUGCGCAAGUCGUGGCAAAUGAGUGUGACGGUUUGCCACUUGCAUCGAUUACAGUUGGUCAAGCCAUGACGUGCAAGAAAACACCCCACGAAUGGAAUCAUGCAAUUCGGGUUCUAAAGGAAUCUGCCUCAGAGUUUUCCACUAUGGGAGACAAGGUAUUUCCUCUUUUAAAAUUUAGUUACGAUAAUCUGCCCAGUGAGACAAUCAAAUCAUGCUUCUUAUAUUGUGCUCUAUUUCCGGAAGAUUUCCGGAUGAGUAAAGAUGAUUUAUUAUAUUUUUGGAUGUGUGAGGACAUGUUUGAAGAGUAUGUUAACGUAGAUGUAGCGAAAAAUGAGACUUACCAUAUCAUAGGAACGCUCCUUUCUGCAUGUUUGUUGGAAGAAGAAGGAAAUUUUGUAAAAAUGCAUGACGUAAUUCGUGACAUGGCAUUGUGGUUAGCUUGUGACUGCGGGAAAGAAAACGAGAGUAUCCUCGUGCAUGCAGGUCUCCAGGGAACACCACAUGUGAAGAAAUGGAAGAACGCUAAAAGGGUAUCAUUGGUUGGUAGUCAUUUUAAAAGCCUAGUUGAAACACCAAAAUCUCCAAAUCUGUUGACCUUAUUUCUUAGAGGUGGAAAAGGUCCUUUGAAUAUGAUUGCUGAUGGCUUUUUCGAUCAUAUGCCUACUCUGCGAGUUCUGGAUUUGUCUGAAAAUCUGAACAUAACCAAAUUGCCAUCUGGCAUUUCCAACCUGAUUUCGUUACAACACCUAAAUUUGUCAAGAACUGGUGUAAGAGAGCUGCCAAUUGAAUUAAAGGCUUGUGUGAGGCUAAAAUAUUUGGAUUUGGAGCAUACGGAUCAGCUUGAUUUUGUACCACAAAAUAUAAUAUCAAGUUUUCCAAUGCUAAAAGUUUUGAGGAUGCUAGCAUGUAGUUCGUCAGAUAGAAUUCUUGUUGACGGUGAAGGAGCCCUGAUGGAGGAAAUGCAGGAUUUGGAAUACCUUGACGUUUUGACUUUGAGCGUACGGAGUAGCUCUUUUUUGCAAAAACUGAUCGGAUUCUACAAAUUGGUGACCCGCAUUCGGACUCUACAGCUCUCGGAUGGCAAGAACGAAGCAAGCUUUCUAGACAUAUCGUCUUUGGUGGAUAUGAAACAUCUUGAUACCCUUUAUAUUCGGGAUACUCCUAAUUGGAAACAAUUGGAAGUUGAUUGGGCAGGACGAGCACCUAACGAUCCCUGGGAUUUAAUGAUGAUAAAACAAAAUUGCUUCCUUUGCCUUCAGUUCAUAGAAGUAUCACGAUGCCCAAAUCUCACGGACAUGACUUGGCUCAUUUUUGCUCCGAAUCUCAGCCAUUUACGUGUAGAUGCCUGCAAUGAUAUUGAGAAAAUAAUCGAUUUGGAAAGACUGGGUGGAGUUGGAAAUGUGGUACAAGAACUGAACCCUUUUGGAAAACUUACCAUUCUGAUUUUGAGUAUGCUUCCACGGCUGAGUAGCAUACAUGAUAGUCCCCUGCCCUUUCCAUACCUGAAAGAAAUCAAGGUAGUUGCAUGUCCAGUGCUGAGAAAGCUUCCACUCAACUCCGCAAGUGCUGAGGGGAGCAAUAUUGUAAUCAGAGGACAUGAAGCAUGGUGGUCUUUCUUAGAGUGGGAGGACGAAGAUGCUCAAAAUGUUUUUCUUCCCUGCUUCAGACAUGGUUAA